UGUAGUCAGUUGGACAACAGCCACUAAAGGGAUAUAAAUCAACACAAUCAGCUUAUAACUUAACUUUUGGUGGUGCUCGUGAGUCUUUAUACCUGUGUGCGCGUGCUCGUGUAGUUUCUCUCAGGAACAGGUUAAACCAGCAGCAGGACACACCUGCAGAGAGAGAAGAAGGAAGCCUUUUGUGUACCUGGACGCCAUUCUUUACUCCAUCUUUGACCUCUGUGGACAACGGACGGUAGAGACAGACAGCCGAGGAAAAGGAAAACUUGUUUCUUCAUUACUUUUUUAAGGUUUUUCUUAUUAAUUUCAUCAUGAAAAUGUGGAUUGCUCUCCUCCUCGUCGCCUUCGCAGCAGCAGCCUCAGCUCAAAACUGUGGUCAAUGUGAGACUAUGAAGUGGGCCACCUGUGAUGGCCCUCCAUGCGAGUGUAACAUUCUGGUCGGCAACGGCGAGAAACAAAAGCUGGACUGCACCAAAUUGAUCCCUAAGUGCUACUUGAUGAAGGCGGAGAUGUACAGAGCUAAGAAGGGCCUGAGCACCCGUACAAUAGGAGGAAAGCCAGUGGAGACAGCCUUUGUGGACAACGACGGCAUCUACGACCCGGAGUGCGAGAACGACGGCAAAUUCAAGGCCAGGCAGUGCAACAACACCGAGGAGUGCUGGUGCGUCAACAGCGCUGGCGUUCGCCGAACUGACAAGGGAGACAAGAAUCUCCAGUGUGAAAAGCUGGUGGAGACCUACUGGGUACGUCUUCAGCUGACACACAAAGCUGCGAAUGCUACAGUGGAUGAAACCAAAUUAAAGGCUGCCAUCGCAGAUGCCAUUAACAAACGUUACAAGAACUUUAACAAGGACCUGGUGGAGGAAAUCCAGUAUGACGCUAAAGCCCGCAGGAUUGUGGUGGACGUGAAGAAACCAAAGGGAGAACGCCAGACUGACCUGUCCCAGAUGGCCUACUACAUGGAGAAAGAUGUGAAGGUGCUGCCCCUGUUCAAGGACGAGAAGAAGUUUGAGCCCACUGUGGGCAACCAGAAGCUGGAGAUGGAGAACAUCCUGGUGUACUACGUGGACGAGGAGGCCCCGACGUUCACCAUGAAGAACCUGUCUGGUGGGAUCAUCGCUGUCAUCGUGGUGGUGGUGCUGGCUGUGGUUGCCGGCCUGCUGGUCCUGUUCUUCAUCAGAAGGCGACAGAACCAGAGGUACAACAAAACCCAGACAAGAGAGAUGGAGGCCAUGUAAAAUCUUCAUUGCAGCGGGAGUCUAUGAAGAGUCAGCUUGUACAUCACCUUUUUGGAUUUUUGCAUUGGGAGUGUGCCAUUUUUACCGUUUUACGUGAGGAAUACAGGAACAAUCAACUUGCUAUUUUUUUGUUUUUUUGUUUGUGAUGAUGUUGGCACUACUGGUACCGCCGUUUAUUUAUAAAUCGUGUAAAGUCUUAACGCAUCGUCCAAUCUAUAUGCCAUAAAGAACUGUGCUUUUUAAAAUGUGCCUGGCACACGCCGCAUUGUAAUGUUAGAACUUGUUGGUUUAAAUUCUGCGUCAUAGAUUGUACAGUUUCUUACUUACCAAUGUGUGUUUUGUUUGGAUUGUUUUUAAUAAAAAAAAAAGUUUUCAAAGAC